AGCGAUACUUUUAUUCGUCGCUUGAUAGUGCAGCUACAAUGUGGAGCCGUGGCCGAAUCGUGAGCCUAAUGCGAACGGUGUCUAGUGGCAGCUGCACCUGUCCUGCACAUUCGCGACCAAUUGCCGUCAACCAGCAGUCCCCAUCAGCCGGGAAUGAUACCGCGUUCGAGAUGUCCUCCUCGACGAUCCGAUACGGACCGGGGGUAACGCGCGAGCUGGGACAUGAUUUGCAAAACCUGAACGCCAAACAUGUUUGCGUCGUAAGCGAUCGGAAUGUGCUACAGUUGGGUUCGGUGAAGGCGGGACUCGAUUCGUUGACCCGUGCCGGCAUUCAGACCGUGCUGUUCGACCAGGUACGAGUGGAACCAACCAAUGAAAGCCUGCAGACGGUGAUCGAUUUCGCGCGAUCACACCAGUUCGAUGCGUUCGUAGCAAUCGGUGGCGGUUCCGUGAUCGAUACCUGCAAGGUAGCUAAUCUGUACAGUGCCGAUCGUGAUGCCGAAUUUCUCGACUAUGUGAAUGCCCCGAUCGGACGGGCAAAGGAGGUAACCGUACGGCUGAAACCGCUCAUCGCGGUACCGACCACCGCUGGGACGGGUUCGGAAACGACCGGUGUAGCGAUCUUUGACCAUAAACCACUGCACGCAAAGACGGGAAUUUCCAGCAAAGCUCUUCGGCCCAUUCUAGGGCUGGUCGAUCCACUGCACACCCUAUCGCAGCCGGAAAAGGUGGCCGCCUACUGCGGGUUUGAUGUGUUCUGUCACGCGCUGGAAAGUUUCACCGCCAUUCCGUACACGGAACGGGGUCCGGCACCGACUAACCCGAAACUACGACCACCGUACCAGGGCAGCAACCCUAUAUCGGACGUAUGGGCCCGGUUUGCGCUACAGACGAUCAGUAAACACUUCCGCCGUGCCGUGUUUCAUGCGGAUGAUCUUGAGGCACGGUCGCAGAUGCAUUUGGCAUCAACCAUGGCGGGCGUUGGGUUUGGCAAUGCGGGUGUACAUUUGUGCCAUGGUUUGUCCUACCCGAUUGCCGGCUUGGUGAAGGAAUUCAUCCCGCAAGGUUACACUGGCAACCAUCCAAUCAUUCCACACGGUCUGUCGGUAGUGAUGACGGCCCCGGCCGUAUUUCGGUUUACGGGAGCAAGCUGCCCAGAUAGGCAUUUGGAGGCGGCCAGCAUACUUGGGGCAGAUAUAUCCAAGAGUCACCGUAAGGAUGCGGGAGCCAUUCUUGCCGACAUCGUACGCCGGUACAUGCACGAGCUCAACAUCGAAAAUGGCCUCUCAGCACUCGGUUUCAAUUACGCCGAUAUUCCAGCGCUCGUCAAAGGAACGCUCCCGCAGGAACGUAUUACAAAACUAGCUCCUCGCGGCCAAUCGGAGGAGGAUCUUGCCGGUUUGUUCGAACAGUCGCUUACCGUAUACUAGCGGAAGCGGAAGUUGAAGGUCGUCGUCGACGGAAGAAACGGUGUCACGAGUUCAUAUUUCUUACACCCAACUUGCUGAGGCAAAAAAAAACUGGUUCGUUUGAUGGUGGGUACGGUUUCACGCACGACACCGUGAAUGAUUUCUGCGUACCGAGCAUGAUGGCUAAUGCCGGCUAAUGUUUACGUGAAGUAACGCUCGCGUCAUACCCUACGCGGGUAAUGAUGAUACAUACAGCUAGCUAAUGAUCGCACAUUUCUUCACCUCUGGGCUUUGAGGAGUAUGAGAUGCUGUUGUUUACUUAAGGAUGCUCUAGGUGGUUUGAAAGAUUUACACUUUUACCUCUCGGGGUAGCGCACUACAAGCGGUUCUCGUUCUCAUUGCUUUUUUCUCACACAUGGGGUUCUACGCAGGUACCUCGUCAUAACAACGAGUUUCUGCAACCGCCAACGCCGUUUGGGCGGCAGACAGACAGCUAUAUCGGGACAAAUGAAGACAGCCAAAACAUGAGCCAUCUUACGAGCGGUUCGGUACACUAUGCGCAACAAAAAUCACGUGCAGGAAAUUAAUAUGGCAAAUGUAUUAAAUUUUAUAGCAAAGUAAUAUGGAUUGGUGUAAAGCAUUCUGUCGUACAAUAUAUAUAACAUGGACAGAGUUUAGCGUGAAAUUUCACAAUAAGACAGGCAGAGGCCUGUCGGAAAGCCCGUGCCAUUCUCUCACC